AUGCCGCCGCAAUUAAUUCCUGAGGGGAAAAGCAAGAAGCUGAAAUUGAAAAUUGGUGAAAUGAAAGCAGCAACUAGACCGGACGACACUAUCAAUAUUACUGCAUACCAGGAUGAGAGCGCGCAAAUAUUGAUUUUAAAUGCAGUCUAUCCCCCACUGGCUAUGUCGGCAGAAGCAGUAGAUGACGAGAGACACGUGCCUGUAUCGUUACAAUGUUUGUCUGAUAUCGAGAAUAAGGCUCGUGAGAUGUAUAUAGCGUUCAGUAUGGAUUCGUAUCAACUCUACAUUUUCCCAACACUCGGAGGGGGUGAAGCCACAGAAUUGAUGCAAAAAAUGAAAGAUCUGAAUAUGUCAGUCGACAAAUUAACAGUGGCAAGUCUCAUCAAGUGGGAGAUAUCAAAGCAGAGAAUCAAGAAUAUUCCAAGUCUAUUGGAUGAAAUUGACGCUGCUUUACUGGAGUUUCAUUUAUUCGCAUUUAACUUUGGACAAGUAUUUGUGAGGAAACCUGAUGUUGAAUUCAUAACAAAAUUGGUAUGUCAUGACAAGUUAAAAGCAUACAUCGGUUUCUUUUUAGACCAGUUAUUGAGGCAAAUUGGACGCCAGGAAACACCAAAACUAAGCAAGCCUUUAGAAGAUCUAUUUACAGCUUUGAACGAACAGGUAUAUAGUGUUUUCUAG